UCCCAGCAGUCCCUUUGGCUCCUAGAGCUCCCCUUGGAUCCCGGCUGCCUCGUUUCUCCCCUCUGCCGCCACGUCAUCUGUUUCUGUUUUCAGUGCCUGGGAACCCCUGAUUCACCCCAUCCCACGAGGAUGCUUCCCGGGGCUGGGAGGGUGUGGGAGGGCUGGGGAUCGGGGCAGGGGAGCAGGAUGGAGCCCUCUUCCUGCUCCAUCCCUGCCGGGUGCCUGGGCCGUGCGGGUGCGGGUCCCCCGGCCUGGGCAGGGGGUCCCUGAGGCGGGGGCACCUCCGCCUGCCGCUGUCUCCCCGGCUCGGCGGCUCCGCAUCCCGCUCUCCUGUUGCUCAGAGAUGUGGAGGCAGUUGCUAAGAGACACCGACACGUCAGUAUCUGGCCCUAAGGAAAAAAAGAGGAAAAAAAAAAAAGAGACAGAGAAAGAGAGAGACAAGGGAGGACGAGGAGGAGGAGGGGAGGAAGGAGGUGGGGAAAGACCUGCUCCCAUCGCCGGGCUCGCAGCAGCCUUGGCCGCCGCUGCCGAAGCCCAGCUCCCGACUUGGCGGCCUCCGGGGUGUGGUCGGCCACCGGGGACCGCGCCAUCACCGUCCGGAGCCCCCCACAUCGCCACUCGGGACCCCCACAUCGCCGCAGGGAGCCAGGCCCUGCUCCCUCCCUGGCCAGCAGCCGGUGACGGCCCGACGCCGGCCCCGCCGGUGCCCCCGGAGGGCUUGGCGUCGCCCCCCGGAUGCCGCCGGGAUGCCGGGAACGUCGCCGUGACCGCCGCCAGCCCGGCCCCGCGGCCGGCCGCCGGCAGCCCUCGGCGUGAGCGGGCGGGCGGGAUGGCCCCCGGCGCCCCGUGAGGGCCACGAGGCCAUGCUGCUGGGCCCCUGGCUGCUGGCGGCGGCGGCGGCGGUGGCGGCGGCGGGCGCGGGCUGCCCGGUGCUGUGCAGCUGCCGCGGGCAGGCGGUGGACUGCAGCGGGCUGCGGCUCUUCUCCGUGCCCCCCGAGCUGCCGCUGGACACCGGCAACCUGAGCCUGGCCCACAACCGCAUCGCCAGCAUCCCGCCGGGCUACCUGGGCUGCUACGGGCAGCUGCGCGCCCUCGACCUGCGCAACAACUCGCUGGCGGCGUUGCCGGCCGGGCUGUUCCGCGGCGCCCGGCGCCUGGCGCACCUGGACCUGAGCUACAACAACUUCAGCCUGGUGCCCGCCGACAUGUUCCGCGAGGCCAGCGCGCUGCUGCGCCUCGACCUCAGCCACAACCCGGGGCUGCGCCGCGUCCACCCGCAGGCCUUCCGCGGCCUGGCCCAGCUGCGCGAGCUGGACCUCAGCUACGGCGGCCUGGCCGCCCUCAGCCUCGACGCCCUGGAAGGGCUGCCCGGCCUGGUGGGGCUGCGCCUGGGGGGCAACCCCUGGCUCUGCGGCUGCGCCAUGGAGCCGCUCCUCAAGUGGCUGCGGGGCCGCAUCCAGCGCUGCUCCUCGGAUUCGCAGCAGGCGGAGUGCUGGGCUCCCCCCGAGGUGGCGGGGGCCCCGCUGCUGUCGCUGACGGAGGAGAGCUUCCAGGCCUGCCACCUCACGCUGACCCUCGACGACUAUCUCUUCAUCGCCUUCGUCGGCUUCGUCGUCUCCAUCGCCUCGGUGGCCACCAACUUCCUGCUGGGCAUCACGGCCAACUGCUGCCACCGCUGGAGCAAGGCCAGCGAGGACGAGGAUGUUUAGGGACCUCCGCCGCCGCCGAUAGACCCCCGCCCCGGCCACCCCCCGGCCCGGCCGCCCCCGCGGGGACACCAGACUGUGCCUUGUCCGCGUCCCCUCCUGCCGCCCCCCCGUGCCGGGGUGGCCCUCGAGACGCCGGGGACGCCAGGGGACAGCCCUGCUUCCUUUUGCCCCAAAGUGGGGAGUUUUUGCACCCCCCGUUGCCGUGAGCUUGGACCCCCUCCUGUGCUGUUCCCACUGCCCAGGACUGGUUGAGGCAGCGAUUUGGGAAUCCCCUGGGAACCCCCCCACCUCUGCCUGGGAGAGACAGAGGACGAAGUGUGUGUGUCUUGGGAACCACGGCCACUCUCCUGGGGGCAUCGAGGAAAUCCCUGCUUUCAGCCCCAAAGCAGCGCUGCUGGAGCCCCCAAAUCCUGCGCAUACUCUCCAGCCUCCCCAAAAAUCCAGGGGGGCGGGAAGCGUUGCUGACACCCGGCUCGUCACCACUGUUCCAGGGCAUGCCUGCACCUUGCUGGUGACAUCGGGAUGUGCUGGAACAGCACCAGGACCACCAAGCCUGGCAGUGGGAUGGGCUGUGACAUCUCCAGGAGAUGGGCUCUCCCAAGGAUGGCACCUUCCAGGGAUUGCAUCUCCCAGAGAUGACAUCUGCCUCCUCUUCGGGGCCAACCCGGGCACCAGCAUUGCCCGCCCUGGGGGAGGUUUGGGAGGUGGAAGGAGCUCUAAAAAAGGGCAGAAAAAGAAAAAAAAAAAAAAAGCAGAAAGCCAACGACCCUCUGUCCAGCCGGGAUGGCCAUGUCCCCAGUGCCUAUGUCACCUGUCCCUGGUGUCUGUGUCACCCUGUCACUGUGGGAGCACAUCAGGUGGGGAGCGGGGCUGGGGUCACCUGGGGGCUGCUUUGUCCCUUCCCCUGUCCCCCAUGGAGGCUGAGUGCAUGGGGAGGGGGGUUUGGUUUAACCCCAGCCCACCCCAAAAGGGCUCCUGCUGCACCCCAGCCCCAGCGCUGCCCCCGGGAAAGGGAACUUGGCCUCUGCCUUCUCUAUUUUGUCUGGGGUUUUAUUAUUUUCCUUUCAGUGAGUCCAAGAACCCCCCUGCUCCACACCCCCUGCACACUCCCACAACUCCUGUACCCCUGGACCAGCCACAUGGGCAUGGAGCAUCCACCUGCAUCCCACCAGCUCCUUCCUCUGCCUCACCUCAUCCUCUUCUUUUUGUAUUUAUGUUUAUGUUUUAUUUUCCUUCUCUUUUGUUUCUUCUUGUCUUUUGAUUUUGUUGUUUCUCUAUCCCUUU